GAAUGGUAGAUUCUGGGACCACUAGCUGCGGCAGACCUAGAAACAUGGAACCUCCAGUCAACUUAUGUGUGAGCUGCAAGGGAGAGACGCAGAGCUUCCUGGUGUCAGAUUGUGAAAAGACAACCUGGGCUGAUGUGGAGGCAAUGGUGCUUGUGUCCUUUGAUUUAGGAGACAUACAGAUAAAAUACAUAGAUGAAGAAAAUGAACAGGUAUCUGUGAACAGUCAAGAUGAAUAUGAAGAAGCUUUAAAGAUUGCAGUAAAGCAGGGAGGAAUCCUUCAGAUGAUUGUGUAUGAUAAGAAUCAACCGUCUCAGACCACCCAGUCUGUUAAGACAUCAGUGCCAGGAACCGCCACUGCAGUCUGGGCUGGCAGAAGAUCCCUGGGAGAGUAUACCUUGGUACCUAGGUCAGCAGAACCGGAAAGGCAAAGUGAAGAAACCUCUACAGUGAUAAUGGAACAGAGCACAGCCACUGUGGAUGUUGGACCCUCUCAGUUUCCCCCGGAAUGGUUCAUCAGAUACAUGGACAGAUUCAAGGAGCAAAUCAUACAUGAAACAGUAGUCAAGGUAACAGAAGUAAUGAAGGACAGGCCGUCACAGAGCCUGGACUGGAUGUCAGACAGCAGUUCCUCUUCAGCUCCAGAACCAGAGCAGACAAGUUCUCUGGGUUCUCUGUAUGACUGGCUUUUGGCCUGUAGUAAUUGCAAAAAGCGGAUACUGGGCAUACGUUACCAGUGUAGCACUUGCCCAUCAUUCAGCAUCUGUGAACCCUGUGAGGCUGGCGGAUGUGACCAUGAUCCCAACCACCUGUUUUUAAAAAUGAGGAGACCAUUGGAACCCAGUGCAGAAGAACCGCAUCCUCCUCUUACCUUCUGCAUGGAUCAUGUCAAAUUACAGAAACAAAUGCACAAGACAUUCCUGAAAGCAGAGAAGCAACGCCUGCGAGCAGAGAAAAGACAGCGCAAAGCAGAGAUGAAGGAGUUGGAGAAGCAACUGAAACUCCAUCGUAGUGUCCAUCGUUGGCAUUCCUUAGACUCCCCAAACCCACCAGCAGAGGACUCUCCAAACAAUCCUCUUGUAAUUCCCAUGGAACCUUGCCCCCAAUUCAUCCCUACACUUAGUGCUGUGUUUGUGGAUGAGAAUUUGCCUGAUGGGACUCAUCUGCAGCCUGGAACCAGGUUCAUCAAACACUGGAGGAUGAGGAACACCGGGAAUGUGAAAUGGAACAUGGACACAAAGUUAAAUUUCAUGUGGGGGAAUCUGACAUUAGCAUCCUCAUCCCGAAAAGAUGCUCCUGUACCAUCCUUGCUUCCUGGUCAAGUGGGUGUUCUGUCAGUUGAAUUCGUAGCACCAGCACUGGAGGGAACCUACACCUCACACUGGAGGCUUGCACAUAAGUGCGAACAGUUUGGACCUCGGAUCUGGUGUAGCAUCACAGUGGAUUCUCUUCCUUGUACUGAUAACCUUGAUGAUCUGGAGAAAGAGAUAUCUUCCAUCAAGAUCAGUAGACCGAAAGAUCAGGAAGAGGAGGAAUACAGUGCUCCCCAGAUCACAGGAUGUCCAGAUAACGAGUCCCUAACCACAACUUCCAGUCACUUGAGCAGCACACACGGUGACAGGGAAAUAUACAUCCCUUCUGUUGAUCUUCUUACUGCUCAGGAUUUGUUGUCAUUUGAAUUGCUGGAUAUAAAUAUUGUCCAAGAACUGGAGCGUGUUCCUCACAAUACACCUGUAGAUAUGACACCCUGUAUGUCUCCUCUGCCACAUGAUGGACCUUUAAUUGAGAAGCCAGGAUUGGGCCAAAUAAAAGAGGAGAGUGAUGGUGCUGUGAAAAAGUCCAAGGAAGAUGUGGAGGGUAGCACCACUCAGGAAGAAGCAGAAGAGGACAUCAGUGGGACUCAGUUUGUAUGUGAAACGGUUAUGAGGAGUUUGACUCUAGACGCAGCUCCAGACUACAAUCCACCUCAAAGGAAGAAUUCUCCUCCUAGUUCCAAGCAGUCAUCACCACAGUCAAGUUUCUCCUAUAGUAAAAAGUCGGAUGAGGAUAUCAUUCAAAAGUCCUUCUCUGUAGUCUGUAGGCAAGUGUCACAACAGUCCACAGACACAGAUGCACAAAAUCUGAAUAAGACAACCAAUACAGCAAUGACUGACAUCAAACCAGAUGAUCUGUAUGAGGUGGAGCCACAGAUCCCAGAAGAGAAUCACAGAGAUGAAGUAGCAAGCCAGGCUUCCUGUGACUCCUGUGAAGAUUACAUCAUCAUUCUGCCUGAGUGCUUUGACACCAGCAAACCUCUUGGGGAAUCUAUGUACUCAUCAGCCCUCUCUGAGUCCCAAGGUGACGAGGAGAAGGACACAGAGUUCACGGUGGAUGAAGAGACAUCUGAAGAGUGUGUCCCUGCCCAGGCUCAUACUAUUAAUGACAUUCUUACCACAUCACAGACUCUGGACACUGUACUGCUAACCCCAGAAGUACUGACCCCAUCGCCUCAGCUGAGGUCCUCCCAAAAUGCUGCAGCAGUCUAUUCGGUUGUAGAAGAUGUGAGAUUUGAAGACAUGACAGCAUCAAUUUCUGAGCCAGCUAACACAGUUCAAUAUACGACUGUAGCAAGAGUCCAGCCCUCAGAAGAUUUUUCUGCUCCCAGAGUGUGCUUUGAUCAGACAAGGCAAAUUACUAGAGGAAGUAUUGCAGGUGGUCUGGUGAAGGGAGCACUGUCUGUGGCUGCGUCUGCCUACAAGGCUCUCUUUGUUGGUCAACAAGAGAAUCAUAUGCCUCCAUGCUCCGAGGAUCAAGCUGAAGCCAUGAUGGCUGUGCUUCUAGAGAUGGGAUUCUGUAACCGACAACUCAACCAGCGACUUCUCCGAAAACACAACUGCAACCUCAUGGAUGUAGUCACUGAACUCAUCCAGAUCAAUGAUAAUGACUGGUAUUCUGCCCGCUACUGAAGUAGGUGGAAAGCAGAGGUCAUUAAGGUUUCAGAGUAAAGACCUGACAUGGGAACAGUGUCAUUUUACCCUUCUUGUUAACCUUUAGUUUUUCUGUGUUUUUUUGUGUCCGUGUUUCUAUUUUAUAUCAUCCUUC